AGAGUGGAUUCCAGGAGAAGUUCCAUUUGCCAUCCACACGGUCUUUGUCUAUGCCAAGCUGGCUUAGGGGGACACUGUCAAUUACAGUUCCUCGAAUGGGAGAUUACAGUGCACAUCGUGAAUCCAUCACAAUCCUCCACUUCAAUGAUGUUUACAAUAUUGAAGGAUUCUCUGAUGAACCAGUGGGAGGGGCAAGUCGCUUCAUUUCGGCUCUUGAUUCCUUCUCUGAACUGAGCCCCCUCGUCCUCUUCAGCGGGGAUGUCCUUGCUCCCUCGCUCAUGAGCACUUACAUAAAAGGAGAGCAGAUGUUGCCAGUCCUUCAGGCUGCCAAUGUGGACUGUGCCUGCUUUGGAAACCAUGAUUUUGAUUUUGGUCUGGAGACCCUGGUGAACUUUGUGGAGAGAACCAACUUCCCAUGGCUCAUGUCAAAUGUCAUUGAUCUGGAAACAAGUAAACCGUUGGCUGGGGGUCACAUCACACAUAUCAUCAUCCAUCAGGGUCACAAAAUUGGCCUUAUGGGAUUAGUAGAAGAUACAUGGCUGGACACCCUGGCCACCAUUGACCCAGAGGAGGUGGAAUAUGUGGAUUUUGUCAUCAGGGGACAGGAGCUAGCCCAUUAUCUCAAAGUGGAACAGGGCUGCGAGUUUGUGAUAGCCCUGACGCACAUGCGGUUGCCCAAUGACAUCCGCCUGCUCGAGUUGGCCCCUUCUGUCGACCUUGUGCUUGGGGGACAUGACCAUGAACCCGUCAUUCAAGAAUUGGAUGGUCGGUAUCUGGUCAAGAGCGGGACGGACUUCCGUAACCUGUCCAAGAUCACCAUCAGGUUUGACGCAUUUCCAUUCACGAUGGAUGUCCAGACCAUUGAGGUCACCACUGCCUUUCCUGAAGACCCAGACCUUCAAGAUGCUCUCUCCAAAUUUAUUAAGAUGAUGGAUGGGAAAAUGGACGAGGUCCUGGGGGAAGUGGUGUCGGACCUGGAGGGCCGCUUCUCGUACGUACGAACCCAGGAGACGAACCUGGGGAAUUUUAUGACGGACAUCAUGCUGGCGGCCGCGAACGCGGACGCGGCCCUGCUCAACUCCGGGACCCUGCGGGCGGACUCCGUGAUCCGGGGCGGUCCGUUCACUUGGCGGGAUCUCUCGCACAUCCUCCCCAUGAUGGAUCCCCUCAUCGUCCUCGAGUGCACCGCGCUGGAGGGCCGCUUCCCGCAGGUGUCGGGGGUGCGCUUCGCCUUCGAUCCGGCCAAGCCGGCUGGGCAGCGGGUGGACCCCCGAUUCGUCGUGGUCGGGGACCAGUACCUCCAGAUGGAGCAGACCUACACCCUGGUGACCAAGGAGUACCUUUACAGCGGCAGGGAUGGCUACGGGAUCCUGCAGAAGUGCCGAGUGCUGUCGAGGUUCAGCUACUGUCGAUCCAUCGUCCCAGAAACGAUGACUGCACCGAAUCGAAACCUGCAUCGUGAAAUCCGUAGUUCCAGUCGUGGAUUCCUCGAUGUUAGACGAAUCGUGGACACGAGUCGGGCGUAUUCUUCUAUUUCCGUCCCGAAACGGCCGGACCGGACCCCAAACCGUAAAAAGGAAAUUCCUGCUGAAGUUUCACCAGACGUCCAGAUCGGUCGUGUCGUAUCACUGGGCUUGCCGGGUCGGCAAGAGCUGCUACGGUCGGUGAUGGAGCCGGUGGCGAAUGGCAAGGAUUUUUUUUUGGCGGUGGAAGGGGGUCUGCCUCUCGUCACCGAAACAUUACGAACCGGCUGUCUGAAACGAGAAGCGCCGAUCGGGAGCCGAUUGGAGGAGGGGAGGGAAUCUUGCGUCGUUCUCGUACUCUCUUUCCUUGUCACUCUCGCCUCUCGAAAAGGACUCGCCUCGGUUGACGCGGAGUCGAGCCCCGAGCUGCGGACGGCGGUGGAAAAUCACUUCCGCUCGGUGGCACUCCUGCGGGAGGGGGACCGAUACCCCUCCCGUCACCGGCAGAGCCUGGUCACGCUCUCCCGCCGUCAUUCCCUGGCGCGUCGUCUGAGCCUCCAGGGUCCAGACACCCCGAGCACCCCGCACCUGCGUCGGAUCAGCAGCGUGGAUAUCUCCCAGCACACGCGUACCCCACCCGUUGACGUCAUGACGGAGCCGGCCCACUUCCCUGUGACGCCUCCCUCUGUCUUCUUCCGGCUGGGGAAACCCAAGUUGACUCGGCAACCGACCAUCCACGAGUUAGAGGAGAAGGCGUCCCACCUCUGUCCUAAGGUCGAGGGCCGCAUCAUCUGCAUAGAAUCUCAAGAGACACGAGAGAGAUUGGAGAAAGAACGGGAAGAUUACGAUCGGGAACGCAAUCAAAACUUUCUUGGGCCCUCGAGAUCCAAAAGGAUCCUGGAGGAUCUCGACUCUCACUCGGAGGGCGAAGACUAAAGACAUGAACGGAACGGGAGCCGCCAAGGAGGAACAAAUACUCUCAAAGGAAACUUCGAAUGCGAAAAUGGUCGCGGCCUGACAAUUAAACAUGGCAGGGUACAAGAAAACAAUCUGUGCCUUAUGCACCAGUAAUAGGUGGAGAUCAGGUUCAAUAUGUGUCAUGCAAGUUAAAUACCAGUAUUUUUUUGUACAUAGGGGAUAGAAAUGGUUUUUCUUUGGUGCUUAUUGAGUGCAUGUGAAAGCUGUUGAUGGUGCCGCCUGUGUUCCGUUCUGCUCCUCAUCUAGCCUACUUGUUUCUUCUUACUUGCAUGCUCAAAUUUGCAUGCUCGAACAGUUACCAAAAAGAAGCACAAUUUAACCAAAGUCUAUGCUUUAUACAUGCUGUCUGCAUCACAUGAAGCAAAAAACAGGAGUUACG